AAAAUAGAAAACCACUCUUGGAGUCAGUCGGAACUCAAGGUGAAGGCAGGAAGAUAUGUAUCGAACGGCGGCGAAUCGCCUCUAUCACGGCGCCUCUCUUAUUAACAACAGCCGCGGAGGCCGCCUUCUUCGACUCCCUAAGCUCAGAACCGUCAUUAGCUCUUCACGGUUUUCCACUACAGUAGACCCACAACCGUUCCCUAAUCAAACCCUUAAUCCAUCCGAUUCUUCCACGGUAUCAUCGUCAACAUCAUCAACAUCUGGGGAUGGUCCACAUGACGAGAGAAAGAAUCCGAGAGCUGCAUAUGAGGAGGAGCAAGCUCGGGUGCUGCAAGCCUCACUACGACACGUUAUGAGAUUGGGAUGGAGCGAAGAAGCCAUGGUAGCAGGUGCAAAAGAAGUUGGGGUUUCUCCUUCAAUUGUUGGAUCUUUCCCCCGAAAAGAAGCAGCCCUUGUCGAGUUCUUCAUGGAUGACUGCUUACAAAGGCUUAUUGAUAGAAUUGACUCCGGAGAGGAAUUACAAAACUUGAUUCCUAGCCAGCGCAUCUCUAAGCUUGUAAGGAUUCGCCUAGAACUGCAAGCGCCCUACAUAUCAAAAUGGCCUCAAGCUCUCAGCAUUCAAGCACAUCCAUUGAAUGUUUCAACAAGUUUUAAGCAGCGGGCAAUGCUGGUUGAUGAAAUCUGGCAUGCUGCUGAUUAUGAGGCAUCUGAUGUAGAUUGGUAUGUGAAGCGCACUGUCCUUGGUGGGAUAUACUCAACAACAGAGAUUUACAUGCUAACUGACAGCUCGCCAGAGUUUCGUGAUACAUGGCUGUUCUUGGAUGAUCGGGUGAAAGAUGCUUUUGAUCUGAAGAAGACAAUCCAGGAGGCAAAGUAUUUGGCAGAAGCUGUUGGUGCAGGAAUGGGGAGUUCUUUGCAAGGAUUUGUGAGCAGAGUGCUUCGGAGAUGAGAGCUAAAGUUGGGAUGGUUCAUGAUAUUUUUAUAACUAGCAUCAGUCUCAAAUUUCUCUCCAUGAGCUAUUAAAACUAGGAGCUGUCACAAGUUGGUAGUAUUUUGAUGGACCCUCAAUGGCUCUCAGUGUUACCAUGGCCUAUAUACCUAGGUGCUAGCCAUUGUUUGCCAGAGAUUAGGUUUAAAAAUAUGUUCCUGGCAGGGGUUUUAGUGCUUAAACCGAAUGCCUGACUAUUUUGUUAUCAUAUUCAUCUUGUUGGCAAUGUGAUUACAUUAAUUUCUUUUGAUAGAUGCAGGCACGCACAAUAAUCAUUUGUUAACAGGAUCUUGUUCUUCACAUGGUAUAUUAUAAGUUGUUGAUAGCUUAAGCCUGUCAUUAUGGUGUA